GAGCGCCCAGAGCGAGCCUCUGACGGUGGGCGGCGUGUGACGCAGUCGGGCCCUCUACGCGCUGCGCCCGAAGCUGGGGUCGGUAGCGGUGGCGGCGGCGACGGUUUCGUGGGGGCCGCGCGCUGCUCUGUGAGCGGCGGGUGGCGGACGGGCCUGGGCCCUCGCUCCUGACACUUCCUCUUCCCCACCGCACCGCGCUUUCUGAAACAAAGACUCAUUUUGAAGAUGUUUAAUAAAUCAUUUGGAACACCCUUUGGGGGUGGCACAGGUGGCUUUGGCACAACUUCAACAUUUGGGCAGAAUACUGGCUUUGGCACUACUAGUGGAGGGGCAUUUGGAACAUCUGCAUUUGGUUCUAGCAAUAAUACUGGAGGCCUGUUUGGAAAUUCACAGACCAAACCAGGAGGAUUAUUUGGUACCAAUUCGUUUAGCCAGCCAGCUACCUCCACAAGCACUGGCUUUGGGUUUGGUACAUCAACAGGAACAUCAAAUAGCUUGUUUGGAACUGCAAGCACAGGGACCAGUCUUUUCUCAUCCCAAAAUAAUGCUUUUGCACAGAAUAAACCAACUGGCUUUGGGAAUUUUGGAACUAGUACUAGCAGUGGAGGACUCUUUGGAACUACAAAUACCACCUCUAAUCCUUUUGGCAGCACAUCUGGCUCCCUCUUUGGGCCAAGUAGUUUUACAGCUGCUCCUACUGGGACUACUAUUAAAUUUAAUCCUCCAACUGGUACAGAUACUAUGGUGAAAGCUGGAGUUAGCACUAACAUCAGUACCAAACACCAAUGUAUUACUGCUAUGAAAGAAUAUGAAAGCAAGUCACUAGAGGAACUUCGUUUAGAGGAUUAUCAGGCUAACCGGAAAGGCCCUCAGAACCAGGUGGGAUCAGGUAGCACGGCUGGCUUGUUUGGGUCUUCUCCAGCCACUUCCAGUGCGACAGGACUCUUCAGCUCCUCUACCACUAAUUCAGGCUUUGCAUAUGGUCAGAACAAAACUGCCUUUGGAACUAGUACAACUGGAUUUGGAACCAAUCCAGGUGGUCUCUUUGGACAACAGAAUCAGCAGACUACCAGCCUCUUCAGCAAACCAUUUGGCCAGGCCACAACCACCCAGAAUACUGGUUUUUCCUUUGGUAAUACCAACACCCUAGGACAGCCAAGUACCAACACCAUGGGUUUAUUUGGAGUGACCCAAGCUUCACAGCCUGGAGGUCUUUUUGGGACAGCUACAAACACCAGCACUGGGACAGCAUUUGGAACAGGAACAGGUCUCUUUGGGCAGACCAAUACUGGAUUUGGUGCUGUUGGUUCGACCCUGUUUGGCAAUAACAAGCUUACUACAUUUGGAAGCAGUACAACCAGUGCACCUUCAUUUGGUACAACCAGUGGCGGGCUCUUUGGUUUUGGCACAAAUACCAGUGGGAAUAGUAUUUUUGGAAGUAAACCAGCACCUGGGACUCUGGGACCUGGGCUUGGUGCAGGAUUUGGAACAGCUCUUGGUGCUGGACAGGCAUCUUUGUUUGGGAACAGCCAACCUAAGAUCGGAGGGCCUCUUGGUACAGGAGCCUUUGGGGCCCCUGGAUUUAAUACUACGACAGCCACUUUGGGCUUUGGAGCCCCCCAGGCCCCAGUAGCUCUGACAGAUCCAAAUGCUUCUGCUGCCCAGCAGGCUGUUCUCCAACAGCACAUCAAUAGUCUAACAUACUCACCUUUUGGAGACUCACCUCUCUUCCGGAAUCCAAUGUCAGAUCCUAAGAAGAAAGAAGAGAGAUUGAAACCAACAAAUCCAGCAGCCCAGAAGGCUCUUACUACACCUACCCAUUAUAAACUGACACCCCGCCCUGCCACUAGAGUCCGGCCAAAGGCAUUACAAACAACAGGCACAGCCAAGUCACAUCUCUUUGAUGGGCUGGAUGACGAUGAACCAUCCCUAGCCAAUGGAGCGUUCAUGCCCAAAAAGAGCAUUAAGAAGUUGGUUUUGAAGAACCUUAAUAAUAGCAAUCUCUUUUCUCCUGUUAAUCGUGAUUCAGAAGAUCUAGCCUCACCAUCUGAAUAUCCGGAAAAUGGAGAGAGAUUUAGUUUCCUGAGCAAACCUGUUGAUGAGAAUCAUCAUCAGGAUGGAGAUGAUGAUUCCCUUGUGUCACGUUUUUAUACUAACCCUAUUGCCAAACCCAUUCCUCAAACCCCAGAGAGUGCAGGAAAUAAACACAACAGCAGCAACAGUGUGGAUGAUACCAUUGUUGCAUUAAACAUGCGUGCUGCUUUGCGAAAUGGGCUGGAAGGAAGCAGUGAAGAAACCUCUUUCCAUGAUGAGUCACUGCAAGAUGACCGAGAGGAAAUAGAAAAUAAUUCUUACCAUAUGCAUCCAGCAGGAUUUACCCUUUGCUUGGUUAUACUUUACAGGAAGGCUGAAGUUACAUUGGAUGGAGUUUGGCCAACAGAUAAAACAUCUCGUUGUUUAAUAAAGAGCCCAGAUCGCCUUGCUGAUAUCAACUAUGAAGGGAGAUUGGAAGCAGUUUCAAGGAAACAGGGAGCUCAGUUUAAAGAGUACCGGCCUGAAACUGGUUCUUGGGUGUUUAAGGUCUCCCAUUUUUCUAAGUAUGGCCUUCAGGAUUCUGAUGAAGAGGAGGAGGAGCAUUCAUCCAAAACUAGUACGAAGAAGUUGAAGACUACCCCUUUGCCUCCUGCAGGCCAGGCUGCCCCUUUCCAGAUGGCUGUUAAUGGCAAACCUGCACCUCCACCCCAGAGUCAGAGCCCAGAGGUGGAGCAGUUAGGGAGGGUUGUGGAACUGGACAGUGACAUGGUAGAUAUCACCCAGGAGCCAGUUUUGGAUUCCAUGUUAGAAGAGAGCAUGCCUGAGGAUCAGGAACCUGUGUCUGCCUCGACACAUAUUGCAUCUUCACUGGGAAUUAAUCCACAUGUCUUACAGAUCAUGAAAGCAUCAUUGCUUGCUGACGAAGAAGAUGUAGAUAUGGUACUUGAUCAACGCUUCAGUCAACUUCCUUCCAAAGCAGAUACUUCUCAAGAAAUCUGUUCUCCCAGACUCCCCAUUUCAGCAUCGCACUCAACAAAAUCUCGUUCACUAGUUGGUGGGUUACUACAAUCAAAAUUUACAAGUGGAACUUUCCUUUCACCAAGUGCCUCUGUGCAAGAAUGUCGCACUCCCAGAACAUCAUCUUUAGUGAAUAUUCCAUCCACAUCCUUUUGGUCUGUCCCUCCACCCCUGACUGCUGUGUUUACAGUGCCCAGCCCAGCCCCUGAGGUUCAGUUGAAAACAGUGGGUACACGCAGGCAACCAGGCCUAGUCCCUCUUGAAAAGUCUGUCACCUAUGGCAAGGGGAAACUCUUGAUGGACAUGGCCCUAUUUAUGGGACGCUCAUUUCGUGUUGGUUGGGGCCCCAACUGGACUCUUGCUAAUAGUGGAGAACAACUGAAUGGCUCACAUGAACUGGAAAAUCACCAGACUGCUGAUUCUAUGGAAUAUGGAUUCCUGCCCAAUUCAGUAGCUGUUAAAUCCCUAACUGAGUCACCAUUCAAAGUUCAUUUGGAAAAACUCACUUUGAGACAAAGGAAGCUGGAUGAAGACCUGCAGUUAUACCAGAUACCUCUCGAGCUCAAGUUAAAACAUAGCACCGUUCAUGUAGAUGAACUGUGUCCUCUCAUUGUCCCUAAUCCGGGAGUUGCUGUCAUUCAUGACUAUGUAGAUUGGAUCAAGGAAGCAUCAGGAGAUUUAUUGGAAGCACAGAUUGUGAAGCACUGGAGCCUGACAUGGACAUUAUGUGAAGCCCUUUGGGGCCAUCUGAAGGAGCUUGACAGCCAGCUGGAUGAACCCAGUGAAUACAUUCAAAUUCUGGAGCGACGAAGAGCUUUCUCUCGCUGGCUAUCCCACACUGCUGAACCUCAGAUUGAAGAGGAAGUCUCCUUAACCAAAAAAGAUAACCCUGUGGAGGCUGUCUUCAGCUACCUCACGGGCAAGAGGAUCAGUGAGGCCUGCUCUUUGGCCCAGCAGUCAGGUGAUCAUCGUCUUGCCCUUCUUUUGUCUCAGUUUGUGGGUAGCCAGUCAGUCCGGGAGCUGCUCACCAUGCAGCUGGUGGAUUGGCAUCAGCUCCAGGCUGACUGCUUCAUCCAGGAUGAGAGACUGCGCAUCUUUGCCCUGUUAGCUGGAAAACCGGUGUGGCAGCUUUCAGAGCAGAAGCAAAUCAAUGUGUGCUCCCAGUUGGAUUGGAAACGCUCCCUGGCUGUCCAUCUUUGGUAUUUGCUUCCACCAACAGCCUCCAUUUCUAGGGCACUCAGCAUGUAUGAAGAAGCAUUUCAGAAUACCUCUGAGGGUGACAGAUAUGCCUGCUCCCCACUUCCUUCAUACAUAGAGGGCUCCGGCUGUGUGGUAGAAGAGGAACAAGACUCACGGAGACCACUUCGAGAUGUCUGCUUUCACCUUCUAAAACUCUACAGUGACAGACAUUAUGAUCUCAACCAGCUGUUGGAGCCUCGAAGCAUAACGGCAGAUCCUUUGGACUAUCGCCUAAGCUGGCACUUAUGGGAAGUACUGAGGGCUCUUAACUAUACCCAUCUCUCAGAGCAGUGCGAAGGUGUGCUGCAGGCCAGUUAUGCCGGCCAACUGGAAAGUGAGGGGCUCUGGGAAUGGGCCAUCUUCGUCCUCCUGCACAUUGACAACUCAAGCAUACGUGAGAAGGCUGUUCGAGAGCUGCUUACCCGGCACUGCCAGCUAUUGGAAACCCCUGAAUCUUGGGCUAAGGAGACUUUCCUUACCCAGAAGCUUUGUGUGCCUGCUGAGUGGAUUCAUGAGGCCAAAGCAGUGCGAGCACACAUGGAAUCUGACAAGCACUUGGAGGCCCUCUAUUUAUUUAAAGCUGGGCACUGGAACCGCUGCCACAAACUCAUCAUCCGGCACUUAGCUUCUGAUGCCAUCAUUAAUGAGAACUAUGACUACCUGAAGGGGUUCUUAGAAGACCUAGCACCUCCAGAGCACAGCAGCCUAAUUCAGGACUGGGAAACAUCUGGACUUGUUUACCUGGACUAUAUUCGGGUCGUUGAAAUGCUCCACCAUGUACAACAGGUGGAUUGCUCAGGUUAUGAGCUGGAACAGUUACACACUAAAGUGACUUCACUGUGCAACCGGAUAGAGCAGAUCCAGUGUUACAAUGCCAAGGAUCGCCUAGCUCAGUCAGACAUGGCCAAACGUGUAGCCAACCUGCUGCGGGUGGUACUGAGUCUGCAGCAUGCUCCUGAUAUGACCUCCGAUUCAACACCAGACCCUCAGCGAGUCCCUUUGCGCCUGUUGGCUCCCCACAUUGGCCGGCUCCCCAUGCCUGAGGACUACGCCUUGGAGGAACUGCGCAGCCUCACACAGUCCUAUCUUCGAGAACUGACUGUUGGAAGCCAGUGAGCCCCAGGCUCUUCGCACCACACUCACAUGCCCGUUCACACUCAGCACACGGAGGUUCCCUGCAUUGUUUUGAUUGGCACUGUUCGCCAUUCUCUGGGUUGGCUAUGGAAUCCACUCUCCCUUCCUCCAGUUGUUCAGGGCUUUUCUUAAUACUGAAUACAGCAUAAGGGCUUCUAGAACCCGAAAAAGGAGGCAAAUCUCCUUUUACCAUCCUCAAGACCAUUGUUUUUUCCUUGUCUUUUUAAAAAGGGUCAAUAAAGCCCCUUGGCAGAUUCUUGACAGAAUCCCCAGAAAACCAGGGAAUCCUUUUCCAUUCCCAGCCAUUCUGGAUCUUGGGAACCCUCCAUGCCAACCUGCUACCCUACUCCUACCAGCCCUUUUAUACUAUAGAGAAGUGAGACAGUUUAUGGGACAAAUGUGUUGGCCUAGGACUGUCCUUCCUUAGCAGAUGAACUAUGCAAAGGAGGAACGGGAAUCUGUCUUUUAAGUAGCUUGGUUAGUUAACACUGAAUUUUCGAGUCAAAGAGGGUUGGCCUGUAUUAGGAAACAACAAGGUCUUUCCAACACAUUUAGGGUAGCAGUGAGUGCCUGCCAUUGAGCGACCAAUCUUCGAGGCUUGUUUUGUUCCUGCCUUGAAUGUUCCAUGAACACCAUACCUUCCCUACUACCAUGUGCAGCAGCCCUUCGUCACAUAUCACAUGUCUCUGGGAAGCUCCUAGAAUUCAGUUUCAUCCCUGGUUUUCAGUCAUCUUUCUGGGACUCUGGAUUUGCCUGAAGAGUUUGGAUAAAAAAUGGCAGGUUGGGUAUCCCUCCCUGUUCUUCCCAUAUUAAUCCCCAAGCAUUUUCCACCCCCUAUCUUCCCUCCCAGAGUAAAACCAUCACCGAGGCAGGCAAACAGCUGGGUUGUAGGUGCAGGCAGAGGGCCUUUGCUACACUGCUGCCAGCUACGGGGGAGCCCCAGGUAAUGGCCUGAGACAGUUCAUGCUAGAGCUGUCACAGGCAAUAUGGCCACCCCGGGGUCUUUAUGCAUGAAGAUUAUGUAAAGGUUUUUAUUAAAAAAUAUAUAUAUAUAAAUAAAUGAUCUAGAUUAUUUUCCUCUUUUUCUGAAGCUACUUUCUUAAAAAAAAAAAUAAAUAAAUGUUUAUAGCA